UGAUACUAAUGAAUGCAAUUCAAUGUUUAUAAGCAAAAAAGGGCUUUAUUUCUUAUAUAUUUCUAAAAACAGUUAAUUAAGAAAAAAGUUUAAUUUGUCUGGAAAUCCAUCUUCUUAUUGUAAUCAAUUGUCGCUUUUUGUUACUGAUUACUUGUAAUUCAGGAUAUUUUUAUUGGUUAAAUAUGACUAUAUAAUUCAUUCAUCAGGAUCUUUACAAAAUUCAACUAAACAUGUAAUAAAUCUGACAUAUUCUAAAGAUUAUUGAUACAUAUAUGAUAAUACAUUGUAUUAAUAACUGUUAUGUUGGGUACUUAUUACUUUUCUGUGUAUAAAAAGAAAUUAUUUUUAAUUAAUAGUUUCAAGAUUGAAAAAACCCAAGUGAAAAAGAACAGGUUAUUACAAAUGAAUAAAUAGUGUAUUUUAUUAUGUCAAAUACUGGGAUCAAGUUCUAUAAUAAAAGAAUUUACUACAAUGUUGAUCUCAAAGUUUGCUUGGCCUGAUUAAAAUGAAUAAUGAUACGAAACCGUAAAAUCGUAUGCUUAAGAAUUAAUGGACAAGGAAAAUUUUUGAAGAAAAAGUCAAUAUUAAGCCAUUCCAAAACUUAUAAACUCAUUCGAAUGAAUUUUUAUUUCACGCAAAAAACGAAUCACGAUCAAUUGACUACCAAACGAGAGGAAAUACACUUCCAAAGGAGUGAGUACGAUAUUCAUCAGGAACAUGGAUAUGAUCCAUCAAAAAAUUGUCUUUUAGACAAGUUGAAAUACUUUCCAGCUGCUGUUUGCCUACAUAGAAAUAAUAAACAUUUGAAGCUGCAUCUUCAUUCGUCCGCAUGGUCCAGUCGACCUAAUACUUAUCUUUUAAAUCAAGUUCGGGUUUUAUUAAUGUUGACUGAAUUAAUAACUGACAAAAAUUUAGAAAAAAAAUUAACUGUAAGUUACCAUCUAAAAUUGAAAAAGAUAAAUUUGAAGUUAAAAGAUAAAAGAAAGUAUGCACUUCUGCAUUUUUAUCUCCAUGUAUUGUGUCUAAAGCAUAAGUCAAUUAAACUAAGUACGCCAUUUCUAUUCCAUAACUUAUCUGAUCCAUUAAUUUGUUUGAAAGAACUUUGUUUAAAACGAUUUUGUAAAUUUGAUAUAAAAAAAAGUUUUAAAAAUUUUUUAAGAAAAUUAAGAUUACUAAAACUACGGUAUUCAAAAAUGUUACACAAUACAAAAGAAGCAAAUGCUGAUUUACCAAAAAAAACUUAUUUAUGCCCACCUUGUGAUAUUAACUUUGAUAUUUCAAGUCUUUUUUUUCACAUACGUCAGGUGCAUCAUCGCUUUUUAUGUUUACAUUGUCUUGAGAUGUUUAAUAGAGCUGAAACGCUGUUGCACCAUUUAUCGAAAAAUCAUAAUAUUUCUGAAUCUGAUUUUUUCACUGCUAAGGACCUUCUCAACUCACUGUCUGAUGAGUUUUCAAUCAUUUGCUGCACAUGUGAAAACAUAUUUACUAAAAAUGAAGAAUUUAAUGAACAUUUUUGUGAAUGUACUAUGAAUUUUCCCGACGAAUGCUUACAAUUGGAAGAAAUAAAAAUUUCUGAAAAAUCUUGGGAUUCUCUAGAUAAUAUUUCUAUAGAUCGUCUGAAUGACGCGACAAAACCAAAUGAAAUGUCUUAUUUGAAGCAUGAUUUCAGUGUCGAGCCGAGCACUUCUUCUGAAUCAUUAGAAAAUAUAUCAAAAUAUCAGUCGAGUGAAAAUAUUUUAACAAAAUUGGAUAAAUUAAGUGAAAACAAACAAUAUGAGACCGCUGCAGGUGUGAAAUCAAAAAUACAACUCAACCUUUCACCGGGUGCGGAUAUGGAUGAAAAAACUGCAAUACGUACGGAUUCUAAAUUAGAAGCUAAACCUAACGAAGACCAAAAUGAUGUAGGUCACUUACGAUUGAAAGAGCUUAAUAUCGAUUCUUAUAAGUUAUCUGAAUUAAACCGCAAUCAAACUUUAGAUCAAAAACAUUCUGAUAAUUUAAAUAACAGUAAAAAUAACUCUCAAAAAGCAAUUGCGGUCCUUCAUGACUUUACAAAAUCGAAUGAAGAUUUUUACUCUCAAUUUGAUAGUGCUACUAAAAUUGUUGAACGAAGUAAAUCCAUCGAUGUUGAUAAUAGUACUGAAUUUAAAUCAAGUUCGAUACUAAAAAACAAAGACAGUUUAGAAAACGUUGAAGCUUGGAAAAAUAUCUAUGACAGCAUUGAUAACUCGCCCAUCGAUUCAAAUUAUAAUGGUGAUCAAUUUAACCUAGAAAAUAUUUCAACAUUUGAUGUUGAUCAAUUGAAUGAUGUAGCCUCUAAUUUAAAUAUUAAAAUUAAAAUUGACCUCGAAAUUGAGAACCUUUUAGAAAAUAUAAAAUUAGAUGAUUUAAUGAGAUAUUGUGUUAAAGCUGCAUAUGAUUUUUGUACUUAUUGCAACCAUGUUCGUCUUAUAGCCGUUAAUGGAAAACAACUUGGCUUACACUUACUCACGAAUCAUGAAUUUCAAUUUGAAUCUACGUCGAAUACGUCAGAACAGCACUUAUUGAUUACUAAAUUGAAGGAAUGUUCUGAUACUCUGGAUAAAUAUUAUUUAAAUUUUGAUUCUUCGAAAGCCGAAACCGGAAUACAUAAAUUCUUAGAUCUUAAGUAUUAUGAGUGUUUUAUCUGCAGAUAUAAAUCAAUUUCGCAUAAAGAUCUCUGCUCACAUAAUCGAAAAAUUCAUCAAAAACUAAUUUUUAAAUGCAGUAUGUGCAAUACAGGAUUUAAUAGCUAUAGUGAACUAAUUUGCCAUCUUUGUUCUGGGUUUGCUGUAAACUAUGAGAAUAUAUAUUUUAGAUGUUGUUAUUGUUCGAUUACCGGGUUACCGUCUGCAUUCAGAUUAAUGGUUCACCUUCGAAAACGUCACAAUGCUUGUGAUAUUUGUUUGAAAAUUAUAUCUGAUCAACAAACAUUAUCAAACCACAUUUGGAAACAUAAACUGCCUCAUUCUUGUUAUAAAUGUGGAAUAUCGUAUAAACAUAAAUCUGACAUUGUAAAACAUUUAUUUUGGAAGCAUGGUACAGAAAGUGUUUCUUGCCAGAAAUGUCUACAAAAAAAAUGGCCAUACAUUUAUCACUUUUGUACUCCACCGAAUGAUUUUGUUUGUGACGACUGUGGUGUUAGUUUUACCAAAGCUGUGGCAUUAAAAGUACACAAAAGAAUUCAUGAAAAAAAAUUUCCACAUGCAUGUCUUGUGUGUCAAAUGACUUUUAUUUCAAAAAAACUACUAAGUAAACAUGCCGAAACUCAUAAGAUAACUCCAGUCGUAUCAACAAAAGUUGAAAUUUUCGAUACGGCAAAUAAACAUUUUGAUGAUUCUCACACAAAAAAAUUGAAUUCUAAUAAAUGUAAAAAAUUGAGACAGCGUAAAAAAAAAGACUCAACAGAUUCAGUUGGUAAGGCAAUAGAUAUUGCAAAUAUACCUCCUCUCAAUUUAUCAUCUGACAGUGAUAACGAAACAGAUGAUAAAAGAAUUACUGACGCCGAUAAUAAAACAUUAAAUAUUGGUACCAAUUUAUGUUUUAAAGACUCUAUUCAUUCCUCUUUUCUGCCGAGUGUUUCUGAAACAAUGAAAAAUUUGAGUGAUGAAAAAAUAACUGAAGAAGAAAAAAAACAAGAAGAACAACUAAUGGAUAGUAUAUGGAGUAAUUUUAAAACUUAUACUGAAAGUUUAGAAAAGCAAAACAUUUUUCAGCAAGAUGAUGUAAAUUAUUUAAGCACAAGUACGGUUUCAUUUUCACUCAUUGAUCACGAUUAUUGUUCGACACCAAUAAUAGAUCAAAAUAUUCCUCAUAAAUUUUCAUUCGAUUCCAAAGAAAAAGCCAUCGUUGAUACAGAUUCAACAAAAGAAAAACUGGCCUGUGAAGUUCCAGAUUCUGUUAAUGAAAGUUCUACUAUUUGUGAGAACCCACUCAAUAUUCUAUCGAGUAACUCAUCUCCUUCUAAUAAUUCAUGCAGUUGCUCUUGCGUUUCAGAUUGUAGUUGUAGUUCCUCCAGUUCAAGCGAUACAUCUUCGAUUGCUUCAAUUUCAAACCGUAGUCCGGUUCAUCGUAAUUACGAUAUGAUAGAAUCUGAAAAUAUGAUAGUGACGGAGGUUGUAGAGACAGAAAAAAAUAUUACAAUAGAAACCACUCCAGACUUGUCAAAAACUGUCCAUUCUGAAUCGAUCAAUCAAUCAAUAAUAACCAGUCAAUCAAUAGCAGAAUCGGAUUUGUUCACUAGUGAAUCGGAUACCGAUGAAGAUUUUUACGAAAAAAUUCCUGAAAGUUGUUACUUAGACAGUAAAGUUUCAAAAUCCAUCAGUAAUUCAGAUAACGGCAGUAAAAAUGCAAACUCUAUAAAUUUAAAAAAAAAAAAUAAUUUAAAUAUAAUUUUGAAAAAAAACAAAACAACUAAAGCAUGUUAUUUUAUACCUGAAUCAAAAUCUUCAAGUAAUGAAGUAAGGUCGGGUUUGCAAAUUCAAAGUGAAAUGAUGAAAGAGAGUAAAGUAUUACCUGAUAUCAUAUGUAACAACUCAACGAUUUCAAAUCCGUUAAAAAUUUUACUUCCGGCUGAAAAAAAAUCCAAAAAAAGAUUUUCCGUAAGAAGAAGAAUUCCAAAACGUUUUUAUGGAGAUUCAAGUGAUGAAGAAGAUCAUAAAACUAAACUUAAAAAAUUCAAAACAUCAAGUUCAAUAUCAGUUUAUGAAUCUCAACUUAAUUCAUCUUUUGUGUCUGAUCGCGAAGUACUCGAAAAUGAUGAGGUAAAUAAUGAACUAAACACAACAAAAGAUAGUUAUCGUGAAAGUAAAUUAUUUAAAUUUGAUCCACCUGAAAUUUCUAAUAACAUGAAAAUAAAGAAACCUUUCAUUCGGACAAGAAAUUUACAGAUGAAAAAAGACAAACAUACUAAUUAUUGUUAUUGUCGCUGUGCUUAUGAUGAAAGUUCUGAAAUGAUAGCUUGUGAUAGUGGUGUUUGUUCAAUUGAAUGGUUUCAUUUCAAAUGUGUUGGUAUCACUACUCCUCCUGAAGGAGCGUGGUAUUGUUUUGACUGUAAUAAAUUAACCUACGAGUAGCUUUUUUAUUUAAUCUUGGCAUUAUAAUUAAGUUAUUGAAUGUAAUAAAAAACCAUAUUUUAAAUGGUUUGUACAUAUUUUAUAGGAGUAUUCUUUAUAUCUAGUUAAGUAGUAAGUGUUAUAAAAUAUAUUUGUCGUCUUAUUUUUUUAUGUACUGUAGUACUUCUUGAUGAAUAUGCACAAUGCUGUAAGAUAUACCAUCGCAAUUUAAAAAAUAUUAAAUUCAAU